GAGAGAGAAAUCAGUGAUCAUUCAUAUUUGCAAAUUACUCUUUAUCAUUCAACAGAUUUCAGAAAUGGAGAUUGGCUUAACAGUUGGUUGUGCAUUUCUCUCUUCAGCUUUGAAUGUUCUCUUUGACAGGCUUGCUCCUAACGGUGAUCUGCUGAAGAUGUUUAAGAGGGACAAGUGUGAUGUUCGGCUCUUAAAGAAGCUGAAAAUGACUUUGCGUAGUCUUCAGAUUGUGCUAAGUGAUGCAGAGAAUAAGCAGGCAUCAAAUCCAUCUGUGAGAGACUGGCUUAAUGAGCUUCGAGAUGCUGUGGACUCUGCUGAAAACUUAAUAGAAGAAGUUAAUUAUGAAGUGUUGAGGCUUAAGGUGGAAGGUCAGCAUCAAAAUCUUGGAGAAACAAGCAAUCAAAAGGUAAGUGACUGCAACCUGUGCUUGAGUGAUGAUUUUUUUCUUAACAUAAAGGAGAAGUUGGAAGACACCAUUGAAACAUUGGAGGAGUUGGAAAAGCAAAUUGGCCGCCUUGAUCUAACAAAGUAUUUUGAUUCGGGUAAACAAGAAACAAGGGAAUCUUCAACUUCUGUUGUUGAUGAAUCUGAUAUCUUAGGUAGGCAGAAAGAAAUAGAGGGAUUGAUUGACCGUUUGUUGUCUGAGGAUGGAAAGAAUCUGACUGUAGUUCCUGUUGUUGGAAUGGGGGGCGUGGGCAAGACAACACUUGCUAAAGCUGUUUACAAUGAUGAGAAAGUAAAAAACCAUUUUGGUUUCAAAGCUUGGAUCUGUGUGUCUGAACCAUAUGAUAUUCUCAGAAUAACAAAGGAGUUACUUCAAGAAUUUGGCUUAAUGGUUGAUAACAAUCUGAAUCAACUUCAAGUCAAAUUAAAGGAAGGCUUAAAGGGAAAAAAGUUUCUUAUUGUCCUAGAUGAUGUGUGGAAUGAAAACUAUAAAGAGUGGGAUGACUUGAGAAAUCUUUUUGUACAAGGAGAUGUAGGAAGUAAGAUCAUUGUGACGACACGUAAGGAGAGUGUUGCCUUGAUGAUGGGUUGUGGAGCAAUCAAUGUGGGGACUCUGUCUAGUGAAGUCUCUUGGGCUCUAUUCAAACGGCAUUCAUUUGAAAAUAGGGAUCCUGAGGAAUAUUCAGAAUUUCAAGAGGUUGGAAAACAAAUUGCAAACAAGUGCAAAGGAUUGCCAUUAGCUCUAAAGACACUUGCUGGCAUUUUACGCUCCAAAUUCGAGGUGAAUGAGUGGACAGACAUUUUAAGAAGUGAAAUAUGGGAGCUGCCACGUCAUUCAAAUGGAAUCUUACCAGCAUUGAUGUUGAGCUACAAUGAUCUUCGUCCACAUUUGAAGCAAUGUUUUGCUUUUUGUGCAAUAUAUCCAAAAGAUCAUCUGUUUAGCAAAGAACAAGUUAUUCACCUGUGGAUUGCUAAUGGUCUUGUACAGCAGUUGCAUUCAGCUAACCAAUACUUUCUCGAGUUGAGAUCGAGAUCAUUGUUUGAAAAGGUCCGAGAGUCUUCUGAAUGGAAUCCGGGGGAAUUCUUAAUGCAUGACCUUGUCAAUGAUUUGGCCCAAAUUGCAUCUUCAAAUCUGUGUAACAGGUUGGAAGAGAACCAAGGAUCUCAUAUGUUGGAACAAACUCGACACUUGUCAUAUUCAAUGGGUGAUGGUGAUUUUGGUAAACUGAAAACCCUCAACAAAUCGGAGCAAUUGAGGACAUUGCUUCCCAUCAAUAUCCAGCUGCGUUGGUGCCAUCUUAGCAAGAGGGUGCUGCAUGACAUAUUGCCAAGACUAACAUCUUUGAGGGCACUAUCAUUGUCUCAUUAUAAGAAUGAGGAGUUGCCAAAUGACUUGUUUAUUAAAUUAAAGCACCUAAGGUUUUUGGACUUUUCUUGGACAAGUAUAAAAAAGUUGCCAGAUUCAAUUUGUGUACUGUACAACUUAGAGACACUUCUGUUGUCACAUUGUAUGUUUCUUAAGGAGCUACCUCUGCAUAUGGAAAAAUUGAUCAACUUGCGUCACCUUGACAUUAGCGAAGCUUAUUUGACGACACCCCUACAUCUAAGCAAGUUGAAAAGUCUGGAUGUGCUAGUGGGAGCCAAGUUUCUUCUAAGUGGUCGUAGUGGUUCGAGAAUGGAAGAUUUGGGUGAACUGCAUAAUUUGUAUGGAUCUCUAUCAAUUCUAGGGUUGCAACAUGUGGUAGAUAGAAGGGAAUCUCUGAAGGCAAACAUGAGGGAAAAGAAACAUGUUGAAAGGUUAUCUUUGGAGUGGAGCGGAAGUAAUGCUGACAAUUCACAAACUGAAAGAGACAUACUUGAUGAGCUACAACCAAAUACAAACAUAGAAGAACUCCGAAUCACUGGCUAUAGAGGAACAAAAUUUCCAAAUUGGCUAGGUGAUCCUUCAUUUCAUAAGCUAAUAGACUUGUCUCUUAGCAACGGCCAAGACUGUGAUUCCUUGCCAGCGCUUGGACAGCUUCCUUGUUUAAAAUUCCUUACCAUUAGAGGGAUGCAUCAAAUAACAGAGGUGACUGAAGAGUUCUAUGGUAUUUCAUCCUCCACAAAGCCAUUUAAUUCUCUUGAGCAGCUUGAAUUCGCAGAGAUGCUGGAGUGGAAGCAGUGGCAUGUACUGGGGAAGGGAGAGUUCCCUGUACUUGAGGAACUUUCGAUUGAUGGUUGCCCAAAGUUGAUUGGGAAGUUGCCUGAAAAUUUUUCUUCUCUGAGAAGAUUGAGGAUAUCAAAAUGCCCUGAACUCAGUUUGGAGACACCUAUCCAACUUUCAAAUUUAAAAGAGUUUGAAGUUGCUAAUUCUCCUAAGGUUGGAGUUGUUUUUGAUGAUGCUCAAUUGUUUACGUCUCAACUUGAGGAAAUGAAACAGAUUGUUAAAUUAGAUAUUACUGAUUGUAAGUCUCUUACCUCCUUACCUAUUAGCAUUCUGCCGAGUACCUUGAAGAGAAUAAGAAUCUCUGGUUGUAGGGAACUGAAAUUGGAGGCGCCGAUCAAUGCUAUUUGUCUGAAGGAAUUGUCUCUAGUAGGAUGUGAUUCACCUGAGUUUCUCCCAAGAGCACUCUCUUUGAGUGUAAGAAGUUGCAACAACCUUACAAGGCUUUUGAUUCCUACUGCCACUGAAACAGUCAGUAUUAGAGAUUGUGAUAAUCUUGAAAUACUUUCAGUGGCAUGUGGGACUCAGAUGACAUCAUUGCAUAUUUACAACUGCGAGAAGCUGAAGUCGCUGCCAGAACAUAUGCAACAACUCCUUCCAUCUCUUAAGGAACUGAAACUGGUUAAUUGUUCACAAAUAGAGUCCUUUCCUGAAGGAGGAUUGCCCUUCAAUUUACAACAACUUUGGAUCUCCUGUUGUAAGAAAUUGGUGAAUGGCCGAAAAGAGUGGCAUUUACAGAGACUCCCCUGUCUCAGAGAUUUAACUAUCCACCAUGAUGGUAGCGACGAAGUGGUUCUUGCUGAUGAAAAAUGGGAGUUGCCUUGCUCUAUUCGAAGGCUUAGCAUAUGGAAUCUGAAAACAUUAAGCAGCCAACUUCUCAAAAGCCUCACCUCUCUUGAGUACCUAUUUGCUAAUAAUUUACCUCAAAUGCAGUCAUUGCUGGAAGAAGGGCUUCCUUCCUCUCUUUCUGAGCUAAAAUUAUUUAGCAAUCAUGAUCUUCAUUCACUACCGACCGAAGGUCUUCAGCGUCUCACGUGGCUUCAACGUCUAGAGAUUCGGGAUUGCCAUAGUCUCCAAUCUCUUCCCGAAUCAGGGAUGCCCUCUUCCCUUUCUAAGUUGACCAUCCAACAUUGCUCUAAUCUCCAAUCUCUUCCCGAAUCGGGGUUGCCCUCCUCCCUCUCUGAGCUGCGCAUUUGGAAUUGCUCUAAUGUCCAAUCUCUUCCCGAAUCGGGGAUGCCUCCUUCUAUCUCUAAUCUAUAUAUUUCCAAAUGCCCAUUGCUCAAACCACUCCUAGACUUUAACAAGGGGGAUUACUGGCCAAAAAUUGCUCAUAUUCCCACCAUAUAUAUUGAUUUGGAAUCCCAGUAAUGAUUUAAAAAAAUGGUGCUCUGAUAAAUUCACAAAGCGUCUAUUGCCACUGUGAAGCUGAGGAAUUAUCUUUGGAUCGGGAUGAAUUUAAUUUUAGAUGACAGCAAAAAAGGUGAUAAACCGAAAGCUGGUAUGUGUAGGAAUUGAAAUUAUUUGCUUCGGAAAGUUGAUAGCACUUCAUGUAUUCUUGUUCUUUCCGUUUUUCAGUGAGUUAGUUGAUCAAAGGACUAAGGAGAAUGGAGGUUUAGAGUAAUGCACAUG